AUGGCCUUCUAUGGCCAGUGCUCCAACUACCUACCUACGUGCACGAAGUGUUGCCAAGAAAGAAAUGAUGCUCUUGCGAUGCAGGACUACAUAUUCUCACAGAGCAUCGGCACCUUGAAUCCGCCUAAGUUUGGCAAAGUUCUGGCUGCCAAGAAAGUCAGGGACAGCGAAGAACACCUUUGCGUCCUCUACACAGUUGAGUCCAGUGGGCCGGCUGACAGGCCACCAUACAUGGCGGCCGUCGAUGAAGAGUCUGAAGCGUUCGAGGAAGUUGCAUAUGUCAGUGAUUACAUGAGCAUUUCAAGAGCACCACCCUGA